AUGGCAGAGAUGCUGCAACUCAUGGCAGAGAUGCUGCAGCUCAUGGCAGAGAUGCUGCAACUCAUGGCAGAGAUGCUGCAGCUCAUGGCAGAGAUGCUGCAGCUCAUGGCAGAGAUGCUGCAGCUCAUGGCAGAGAUGCUGCAGCUCAUGGCAGAGAUGCUGCAACUCAUGGACAUACUUGGGAGUAAGCGAUUUUCAGAGAGCGGCGAUCUCAGCGGCUUAGGUGUUCAGAGAAGAGCAGCCAGCGGCCGGCAGCUCGAGCCUCGCGCCAUCCAAGUGCGCACGGAGCUUGGAGUUGUCACCGGCACCCUGGAGUUCUCCAGCCAACCCACCACCCCACCCAGCUACGGCCGGCGUUACUACUCCUUCAGAGGCCUGCCGUACGUGAAGGCUCCUGUAGGGGAGCUGCGGUGGGCGGCGCCCCAGCCCCUGGAGGGCGGGUGGCCUGGGGGAGCUGUGGACGGGCGGCGACACAAGGCUUUUUGUCCUCAGUACGACCACGACCAGAAGAAAGUGGUCGGGGAGGAGGACUGUCUCUUCCUUAAUGUCUACACGCCAUUCUUGCCAGGAGUUAAUAUAACGUUCGGUUGUGUAUAUACCACCGCCAAAAAUACACGCUUCAAGACUACAAGUAAAAUAUGUAUAAGGCUGGGGGUGUUGGGUUUUCUUAGCGACGGUACAAGGAAGCUGCCGGGCAACUACGGAGCUCUGGACCAGGUGGCCGCUCUGAAGUGGGUCCAGCGACACAUCAGUUCCUUUGGAGGCGACGCUCGGCAAGUCACCCUGGGAGGCUUCUCAGCAGGAGCUUCUUUCGUCCACCUUCAUCUUCUGUCCCCGCUCUCGAAAGACGUCUACCUACGGGACGACCCGUUCUUGCCCGCGCCCGUGUCUGAGCUGAUGGCCCGUCCCCCCGCGUCUCCCGUGCCCGUGCUGGGGGGCAGCACCCGUGACGAGGGCAUCCUGUUUGCACUCACAACGAUUCUGUUCGCACGGAAUCCUGGGAGCGCGUCUCAGGUACACGACGAAGCGACGGUGUACCUGCUAGGCAGCCUCUGGCCUAACAUCACCUCUACACACGAGAUCUCACACGUCCUACACUCCUACUACUACUCUCCUACUGCCAAGGAUAACCUAGACGAACUGCUCCUACAGAUGACUGAGGUGACUAGAUUAAUCUACCUGAUGACUCACCACGACCCCGCCUCCCCAUCGUUCGCGUUCCCCCUAGGCUCAUCCCUGCCCCCCUGGACCCCCCUACGCCCCGGUGAACCCCUGACCUUCUACAGGCUGUCCCUCACCCCCGGCAUGGUGACUCAGCCCUUCAGGCACAAGGAACGCAACCUGUGGCAGCAAACGCUUCCGAAGCUCGAGACCAUGAGCUACCAACUGGACGAGGCCUUCAGCUGGCAGGUGGCGACGUGGGUGCUCACUGUGCUGUGCUUGCUGCUGCUGCUGGCGCUGCUCGUGCUCCUCAUAGGCAAGAUCCUGGGCAGGAGAAGGAAGCAGUAUCCUGCCGGCGCCGCCACCCUCAGGAGCAGGCAACCGCGUACCUCCACAUACGGGACUCCGGGGGAACGCCCGGAAUGAUGUGUACGAUGUCAACCCUUCCACUGAUUUAAGUGAUUUUAUUCAGCUUCUUUCACACUUUUUCGCGAUCUCUUUUAUUCAUUAGCAUCUUUUAUUCAUUCUUCAACCUCGCUCUGCGCUGAAAAGCAUGUACUAUGUUUCACACACUUCUACUAAUUUUAUUCAGCUUCUUUCACACUUUUUCACCAUCUCUUUUAUUCAUUGGCAUCUUUUAUUCAUUCUUUAACUUUGUGGAGAUGGUAACCACGCUCUGCGCUGAAAAGAAUGUACUAUGUUUCACACACUACCAGUAUUUAUUUUUCAUUCACUUUCACCAUCCGAAAUGAAAGUGCUCUCAACAAACAGUAAUACUCCAUAAACCUUCAUUCUCCACCUAUGAACUCCCAAAAUCCUAUCCUUUACCUACGAACUCCCGAAAUCCUAUCCUCCACAUAUGAACUCCCGAAAUCCUAUCCUCCACCUACGAACUCCCAAAAUCCUAUCCUCUACCUACGAACUUCCUUUCUUUUUCUUCACCCCAAAAACUUUCCCCAAAGUUUGAUCGUUAGGAAGGCCGGAAAAAUGGAAAGGAUUUUCACACAUCCUAAGGCAGAAGUCAAGUAGACACAUCGUCUGCUAAACGUCAACCCAGCCUCAAUUUUUAGAUCUGUAAGGUGCUCAUUACUUUUUUCAUGGAAAGUUACUCCUGAAAUUCCAAGAAUUACUUUGAUGAAUUACAUUGAAAUUUUAGCAUAAAAAAUCCUGAAUUAUCUGAAUAAAUUCACAUUGAAUCGUUUCCAGAUUUCCUCUACAAAAAAUACCGUACAAUGAAUAAUAAUUAUUUCAAUUCAAUAAUGAAUGCGUAGUAAUUUUAAAUAUUAUAACGAAUGAGCAUACGAUUUAUUAGUCUACUUUAAUAAAUUGCAGUAAUAUUUGUAUAUACGCCGAUAACGGAUUUUCGUAUCUCGAACAAAAUUAUCUUUACUAUAUUUAUAAUUGCAUCAGUUUGAUACGCAGGCAAGACAUAUCUUUCGUUAUCGAUUGUGUGACCCUGAAUAACCAUAAAAUUAUAUGUAUUUACUGGAACAUAAAGGAAAUUUAUUCCAUAUCAUCUUCAAUAAACGCCUUUACAUUAUGUUAUACAUCAGCAUGUAGAUAAUGGUUAGUUUGACGUCAGAGUUCCUACUAUACAUGGCGGCUCAAAUUUGCUAGAGGCUGCUUUCCUAAAGUCAUAUAUUGUUCCUAUGUUAUACGGCGAUCGUACGUUAUACGGUGAUCGUACGCUAUACGAUGAUCAUACGUUAUACGGUGAUCAUACGUUAUACGGUGAUCGUAUAUUAUACGGUGAUCGUCCGUUAUACGGUAGUCGUAUGUAUUGUACGUAAAGGUUUAAUUAGUUGAUUAAGUUGUUUAAAACCAAAAAAGCGAUAGGCUGAUGAAAUUAGAACUCUUUUUUUUUUU